GGAAGCUGCUGCGGGGGCGAUGGCUGCGCCGAGCCCCGGGCCCCGCGAGGUCCUGGCCCCCUCCCCUGAGGCUGGAUGCAGAGCAGUCACCUCCAGCCGCCGGGGGCUUCUCUGGCGCCUCCGAGAUAAGCAGUCUCGCCUGGGCCUGUUUGAGAUCAGCCCGGGGCAUGAACUGCAUGGGAUGACAUGCAUGAUGCAGGCAGGGCUGUGGGCUGCCACCCAGGUCUCCAUGGACCACCCACCCACGGGGCCACCCUCCCAGGACGAUUUCUCGGAGGUCCUAACCCAGGUUCAUGAGGGCUUCGAGCUGGGCACGCUGGCCGGCCCCGCCUUUGCCUGGCUGCGCCGCUCCCUGGGCCUGGCGGAGGAGGACUAUCAGGCUGCCCUGGGCCCCGGCGGCCCCUACUUGCAGUUCCUCAGCACCUCCAAGAGCAAGGCCAGCUUCUUCCUGUCCCACGACCAGCGCUUCUUCCUGAAGACCCAGGGGCGCCGAGAGGUGCAGGCUCUGCUCGCCCACCUGCCCCGCUACGUGCAGCACCUGCAGCGGCACCCGCACUCGCUGCUGGCGCGGUUGCUGGGAGUGCACAGUCUGCGGGUGGACCGGGGAAAGAAGACGUACUUCAUCGUCAUGCAGAGCGUCUUCUACCCCGCCGGCCGCAUCUCCGAGAGGUAUGACAUCAAAGGCUGCGAGGUGAGCCGCUGGGUGGAUCCCGCCCCUGAGGGCAGCCCCAUUGUUCUGGUGCUGAAGGACCUCAACUUUCAGGGCAAGACCAUCAACCUGGGGCCCCAGCGGAACUGGUUCCUCCGCCAGAUGGAACUGGACACCACCUUCCUCCGGGAGCUCAACGUGCUGGAUUACAGCCUCCUGAUGGCCUUCCAAUGUCUCCACGAGGAUGAGAGGGGCCUGGGCAGCAGCCUCAUCUUCCGUACAGCCAGGUCUGUGCAAGGGGCACAGAGCCCGGAAGAGUCUGGAGUCCAAAACCGCCGGCUGCUGCCCGACGCCCCCAACGCCCUACACAUCCUGGACGGGCCCGAGCAGCGCUAUUUCCUGGGCGUCGUGGAUCUCGCCACGGUCUACGGGCUCCGCAAGCGGCUGGAGCACCUGUGGAAGACACUGCGCUACCCGGGCCGGACCUUCUCCACUGUCAGCCCGGCUCGCUACGCCCGUCGCCUCUGCCAGUGGGUGGAGGAGCACACAGAGUGACGGGCGCCCGGCCCCACUUUCCGGAUCUGGAUGAUGGGCUCACGCCAGGAACACCGGUUCCCUUGGGCCCGAGCAUCUCGCCUGCGCUUCCUCCUGAUGGUCGCCAGAGGGCAGCAUCCCCUAAUUCCGUAACCGCGCAGCCCCGUUUGACCAUGGUGCCGUGCCCAGCAUCAUGCCAAGGAUUCCCCUACUUUAGCUCAUUUAGUCCUUAAAAAAAUGCUAUUAUUCUCUUUUUACAGACCAUGAAAUGGAGGCUUAGGGGGUGAAGGGACUGAUCAAGAUCAUUCAGCAAUAAAUGCUGGAACCAGGACUCAACCAUGACUUUUGGAUUCCAGAGCCUGUAUUCUUAACCACCAGCUCCUGCAGCUUAGUCCUCAUGAUCUGGGCAAGGGGGGAGGCUGAAGGCUGCAGUCCUCUUGUCGUCCAGAUGGGGAAACUGAGGCCCAGAGACUUUAAGGGGCUUAUGCACUGGUAAGUGGCAAGGUCGGCCCCGAGUACCCAGGCCUCCCGACCCCCCUCCGCUCCUGGCCCGAUACUCUAGGGAUGCAGGUGGGGGAAGCUGGGGUCCUGGGGGGCUGCCUGGAGCUCUGGGAGGCAUUCUGAACGGCGUCUACUAUUGAUCUGAAGUGAGCUCUGCCCUCCUCUGAAAGUCACUUUUCUCAUCAGUGAAAUGGGGGCAAGGGUCCAUGGUCAGACCAAGGUCUUGGCUGCACAGACAUCACCAGGAGCCUGCAUGGCCCCUGAUCACUCCUUCUCCUUCCUCCAGGAAACUCCAGCCUGGCCUCUGACCCCAGUUCAAUCUGACCAUGCCCAAGCCCAAGCGGGCCUUUCCUCCAGAGCUGCUCCAGGGCCUGGCUGUGUGACUGGGGCAAGGUGCUAAACCUCUCUGUGCCUCGCUGGUCUACUCUGUAAAAUGAAAGAAUGGAAACAGACCUCAUUAACUCAUUAAAUAUUUGCUGAGCA